UCUCCCAAAGGACAAUCACAUUACAAACCUGAUCAUGUCUCACUUUCAUUCAAAGAUUUGUCAUCAAGGCCGAAGCCAGACGCUCAUGGAGAUCAGAGCAAAUGGGUUUUGGGUGAUUGGUGGGAGCAAAGAAGUUGCAAAGCUAAUAAGCAGAUGUGUUCAAUGUCGAAAACUUCGGCGGUCUCCUGAAGAACAGCGCAUGUCUGAACUACCGAAGGAACGAAUUGAAGUCUCAGAUCCUUUCAUUUACAGUGGAAUGGAUUGUUUCGGACCAUUCACCACAAAGCAAGGUCGUAAAGAGCAAAAGAGGUACGGACUCCUCUUUACCUGCCUUUCCUCACGCGCAGUCCACAUUGAAAUGCUAGAAAACCUGUCUACAGACUCUUUCAUUAAUGGCCUACGAUGCUUUAUCAGCUUAAGAGGAGCUGUCUGUAAGUUGUACUGCGAUCAAGGUACAAAUUUCAUUGGGGCCAAAAAUGAGCUAAAGGAGGCGCUCAAAGAAUGUGACAGAAACGCCCUGCAGGCUUUCCUUGCAGAUAAACAGUGCGAGUUCGUAUUUAAUGCCCCAUCUGCCAGCCAUGCCGGAGGUGUGUGGGAACGACAGAUUCGAACCAUCCGCAGUGUUCUCAAUGCCACCAUCGCUCAAUCACAAGGCAGGCUGGAUGACACUUCCCUAAGAACACUGUUUUAUGAGGCAAUGUCUAUAAUCAAUAGCCGACCACUAAGCAUUGAUGGAAUCAAUGACCCUAAAUCACCUGAACCUCUGACUCCAAACCAUCUCAUAUUAAUGAAAUCAAAGGGUGCACUGCCUCCUCCUGGGAAGUUUGUGAAGGAAGACUUGUAUGCAAGAAAAAGAUGGCGCAGAGUGCAAUAUCUAACGGAACAGUUUUGGAGUAGGUGGAAAGUGGAGUACCUUCUGAACAUAUCCACAAGACAAAAAUGGCACCUACCUCGUCGCAAUCUUGAGGUAAAUGACAUCGUCAUCAUAAAGGAAGACAUGCUUCCCAGAAGUCAGUGGCAACUGGGUCGAGUUGUUGAAGCACCACAAGAGGAUGAUGGCUUGGUGCGCAGAGUCAAACUUCAAGUUGGUGAUCGAAAUCCAGCAAAGAAGCAGGGUACAACACACAAACCUCACAUUAUUGAAAGACCUGUUCAAAAACUUGUAGUUCUUUUAGAAAGUCACUAACUGAUGCUCAUUAGUCUCACAUCAGAUAUUACAUUGCUGAAGGUUAAUGUGUGACGUUAACUGUAUUUUUGUUUGGUCACUUCUUUAACGUCCAUUUGUCAUGCUUAAAAUCAUGCAUGAAUCGUUAAUAAGCUCUCAUCAUACAUGAUUUGGUGGGAGUGUAAAUGCCCGUUCCAUGUUUUAUAUGCUGAUUCUAAGUUGUUACCCAUAGUACCCAAUAUGGGCGCUGUAGUUUGGUUCAUGUUGAGUUAGUGCCUUCAUUUAAAACUGUAAAAUGAGAGGAAGUGUUGCUAGCCUCCUGUCAGUCAGCGCUUUGGGUUGAAAUAUAGAGGAAGAGGAGGAUAUUCUUCACCUUAAUGACUCUGGACUGUAGCGCACAUUCUUAAGAACAGGCUAAAGGCUAAAGGCAGCACCGCACGGACUUUACCGCCAUAAACUUUGCAGCCCUUGGACAGCGGAGCGAGUUUUCACGGUGUAUUCGAAGCACGGUAUGUUCAGUGCACUUCAACAACUUGGUUUGGAAAGAAGUAAAUACGAAGUUACUGCACCCGUCGAAGCUCUCCGUGUUUUCUUGGGUCUGAGGGACUGC